AGCCUUGUCCUUCUUUUCAAACCUGGCAACCCUGGACUACACUAUUUCUAUUGUAUCAGUAGCAGCUGCUGUAGAAGUUGAUAUCCUUGAUUCUCCUGAGAAAUCACACAAACCUUGAAUCCCUAGAAAUGUCAGACUACACAAUUAAAAUCAUCACGGAAGAUAUGGUGGAAGAUGUGAUGGAUUUUAUCUGGAAGAAUUUCUAUCCAGAUGAACCUUUAACAAGAUCUCUAGAGCUGAAACCAGGCUUUCUGGUUGAUACAUGGUGCAAGCCUCACAUAGCUUCCGGAUACAGCCUAGCAGCAGUUGAUCCACAAGGAGAGCUCUUGGGCGUUCGGCUUGGAAAGAUUCUUACCUCUAGUGAUUGGAAAGAACGGUUCAUGGAGAAAAACUAUGUAGCUCAGAAAACUUUUGUAGCAAUUGCUUGGUUCACCAAGGCCUGCACUGAUUAUAUUCUUAUUCUUAUUCUUCUUAAAGACAAGAUUGGAUAUGAUGUCUGGGAGUUCAUGGACCGUGUAAAAUCUAAGAAGAUUUAUGAGGCGCUUCUAAUCUGCACCAAGAAGGAAGGACGUCAAAGAGGGUUGGGUACAGAGCUUGUGGCAAAGUCGUUAGAACUGGCCAAGGAACAUAGCUGUGAGUACAUGUAUGUCUUUGUCACUGGCAACUACUCUGCCAAGAUCUUUGACAAGCUUGAGUUUGGUUGCGAAGGAGAACAGAGGUAUGACGAAUUUGUGGAUACGGAUGGGAAACCAUUGCUCAAGGAUACCAGAGAGCAUAUUAAAGCACAACUCAGAAUCAAGAAAAUCGAGUAAAUUUUUGGUACAAAAAAUCGAACAAUUCUUAACUUUAAUCCUUAAUAUUUUAAAGUUAAAAUCUUGGAAAAAUAAUUUUAAAAAAACAAUCAAUGCUUUUAGUUUUUUUUUACCUUCAUAGAAGCUUCACAAACAUGUAUCAGGGCUUUUAAAUUUUAAAACUCAUAAAGCUUGCUUUUAUUACAUUAUGCAAAAUGACAAAAGAUUAUUGCAACAUUUUUCAGUAUUUCUAAGAUACAAUAUUUUAAAACUUUGCAGUCCUUUUAAAAACAUACAAUUUGCUUAACUUUACAGCCCUAAGCUAAAAACUGUGCACCCAUUCUGUAUAUUUGAGACCAAAAAAAGUACGUUUAUGAUAUUAAACUUAAUAUCAUACUAAUUUUUUAGAAAAUUAAAGAAAGAUUUCAAAGUCUAAACUGUACAGAAAAUGUUAUUUAAUUAAUGAGAUUAGCAUAAAUAGAUAUUGAUGAGAUUAGAAUAAAUGAAUAUUAAUGA